CAGAGUCGUGGGACAGCCUGAAAAGAAAUACUAACAGAGACGAGAUCAGAAGACAAGAGAAGGCCUGGCCUGAAGCUGAAGCGGCGACCCGGAGAACCGAAGGAAGCGCUUCGAUCUCCCCGGGGCGGGACCGGGGAGCACAGCGCCUGCAUCGCCCGCUGCCUGCCCGUCUUUCAUCAAUUUCUUCCCGUAACUUAAUUUCUAGGUUUAAGAGUCGAGCAUGGAGGAAUCCCUACCUUCAACGCACACGCAAGGCGACUUAUCUGCUUCUGCAUCAUUGGUUGAUGAUAGUUAUUCAGCCGACAGGACUGAAGAUUCACAGCUCUUCCUCUCCGUCCCAGCUUUAAACCAAGCUGCGUCUUAUCUGGCCCAAACAGCUUCAUAUCUUACCCAGUGUCUCCCAGUCUCUGGUUACACAGGUAUUUCUGAGGAAGGACAAGAGCUAGCGACGCUGCCACCUGCACUGACCGCUGGCGGAUCUUCUCUCCAGGCUUCUUCUCAACAGUCAGCUGACUCAUCUCCUGGUGAAAUAGAUUAUAGUGGGAGUUCAUCUCAGGAAAUCACAGGACAGAUGGCACCUUUGCGUGUCUUCCAGAAUGGAGCUUCGCUAUUUCAAGGUCUUGUAGAGAGUGCUCGGAAAACAGUUCGUGGCUCAGCAGAUGAUAUUGGAUGGCUGCAGCGGGAUCAAAGCUUACCUCCAACUGAGGAUGGAUCAACCAGAUUCUUAGAAAUUCUCGAGUCUGUGAGAAAAAAUGAACAUAAGCUGCCUGAUUCAGUGGUCUAUUUGUUGGUUCCAGGUUUGUUUAGUAACCAUGGACCUCUUUACUUCGUCAAGACAAAAUCAUACUUCUCCAAGAUGGGUCUUGCUUGUCACAUUGCCAAGAUCCACAGUGAGUCUUCAGUAAGUAAAAAUGCAAGGGAGAUAAAGGAGUACAUAGAAGAAAUAUACUGGGGAUCAAAGAAGCGUGUUCUACUUCUUGGUCAUAGCAAGGGUGGUGUAGAUGCAGCAGCAGCACUCUCCAUUUACUGGCCACAGUUGAAGGACAAGGUUGCAGGUUUGGCUUUAGCUCAAAGCCCAUAUGGAGGAAGCCCAGUUGCUUCAGAUAUCUUGCGAGAAGGCCAGCUCGGUGACUACGUCAGGUUGCGUAAACUCAUGGAGAUUUUGGUAUCCAAAGUCCUUAAGGGUGAUCUUCAGGCUCUGGAAGAUCUGACAUAUGAGAAGAGGAAAGCAUUCCUGCAGCAGAAUCCAUUGCCUCCUGAGAUUCCCAUUGUCUCAUUCCACACAGAGGCAAGCAUCACCCCCAGUGUGGUUACAGCCCUCUCUCAUGUUGCACACUUGGAGCUCCCAGCUGCAGCUGAUGGAAAUCCUACCAGGAUCCCAGUUGUAAUGCCACUUUCAGCUGCAAUGGCAGCAUGCUCACAACUGCUGGUAGCAAGGUAUGGUGAGAAGAGUGAUGGUCUUGUGACAAGGAAGGAUGCUGAAGUUCCUGGAUCAGUGGUGGUCCGCCCAGAGCGGAAGUUAGACCAUGCGUGGAUGGUUUAUUCCUCACUCAAAGAGGAACCUAAGGAUCAGGCAGACACAUCGCAGGUAUGUGAAGCCCUGCUGACUCUGCUUGUUGAGGUUGCUCAGAAACGGAGGCAUGAGAUGGCCAAGAAAGAUGAAUAAAAAUGUUAGUUUUGCCCUGAUAGAUAUUUGUAAUCAUAGACUUCUGUUGUUGGAUGUACAGAGUUGUGUGCUUGUGUCCAAACCCAUCUUGAAACUGCUUCUGGGCCACUUUUUUGUUUGGUUUGCAGAAGCUUAUGAACAGUUUUUACAUAUCAACAGAAUUUGAAAGCUGAAAAGGGCAAUGUUGGAAGCUUUUCUCUCUUUCAUUUAACUCAAGGGAAUUGUCUGUUUGGCCAUCUCUCACGUCUCAUGGUAUUCCUAUCCCAAUCAGGUGAUUUGUCUGCUAGGUCUGAUUUUGAUUGGGGUUGUAAAAGUGUAUUACGAUUUACGUAUGAUUCAUGAAUCAUGGGUACACAGCAGCCUGAGAAUUGUGAUGUACAGAACUUUUCAUAUGCCAUCCUAUUGCAGAUUCUAAACACGUGAAAUGGCAUUAUCUACUGUUUUUAUGGUCUGUAGAACUUCAGAGUUCUAUACGCAAUGGUUAGGCUCUCCUUCAUCCCGAUUCCUGAUUACUGCCGUUGCAGUUCCUCCUCACCGGAUUAACCUUUGACAUGUCCACUGGGAAUGGUCCAAUAGUGUUCAGAAAAGCUCCUGCUAGGCCCCAUGGGAAGUCUCCAUUCUGAAGGGUGUCCAUGGUCUGUUGACAAAUGAAUGACAAUGGGGCAGUAGCAAAGGAGGUUGAGAAAUAAGGAAAGAACCAUGGUCCAUCUUAUUGCAGCAGAGGAGUAAAAAAGCUCUAUUGGGUAAUUCACUCAAAACUAACUAUGCACAUAUAUUAUUAAAGAUAUAUAGGUGUUGCUACUGUACAUACUGUUCAUGCUGCCUUGGUUAGAGCAUGCCAAGCAUGAAACUACAAGGUACAUAAUUUAACUGCGCAUUACAAGCUAGGCAGAAAUUGGUCAUAUUCAUGUGCAGUUGUUUCCUUUAUGCUAUGAAGUGGCAUGUGAAAUUAAAGCGAAUAGCGGAAAUUUUAUUUUAGAUCUCCAUCUAUAAUGUUGCUUCUGACUUCUGGGAUAAUUUUCAAUUCCAUCACAUGGCUACUGACUUCGGUGUGUAUGUUUACCGGUUUAUACAGUCACAUGAAAGGAAAAGAAAAGAAAAGAAAAGGUGUAAAUUUUUAAUUGAGCAUGUGUGCACUUCUAUUUUUCUUAUUAGAAGAAACACUAGUACAUUUCUUUAUGGUGGAUGACAAGUCUCAUCACUGUACUCUUACAAAG